AUGAGACGGCGGUGGAGUCGUCAGCUAAGUGAAGUUGACGGAGACAGACCUUCCAUUACAAUACCAGAAGAAGAAUACAAAGCUGGGCUAAAUGAAAGCGAGAACAACCUCCAUGGUAGAGUCCUUUGGCCAAAAGGAUCUACACCACUCACGGUGGCGGCGAUUCGAGUGAAGCUUUCUAAGAUUUGGCCGGAAGUUAAAAACUGGGGAAUGUUGUUUCUUGGCAAAGGUUAUUAUGAGCUCACUUUCUCAAGUGCAGAGGAUAUGAGGAGAGUCAGAGCUCCAGGUUCUAUAAAUCUGAGUCCAGGUACGAUGAAACUCUUUGCUCAGACAAAAGAUUUCAAUCCGUCUUUGCAACAUAACACGGUUGCUCAAGUUUGGGUUCGUUUCUUUGGGAUUUCCCAAGAGUAUUUGCGACCUCGAAUUCUUUUCGCCAUUGCAAGUUAUGUAAGAACCCCUAUAUGCAUUGUUGUUGCUCUUAUAAAUCUCGAGUAG